UGGUCAUGUGACUUCUUCCUGUAAACAUGGCAUGCAGGCAGGACGCGGGCUGUGCUCCGAGGGGCAUUGCAGCACUUUUUAAUGUUUUUCUCGUUUCGCUGGUGUUGUUUUGCUUGUGUGCUUCAGGUCGAGCUGAAACGCGAAGCGCUGUCGUUGACAGACAGAGCGGGCAGCUCACGGUUGUCGACGGCUUUCAGAAAGAUUUCGUGGCUUUCGCAAAUUUCACUGAUGACUUACAGAACUCGGGCUGGACUUUCUUGGAGAUCACCACCAGCAGUCUGUACAAUGACAGCUUCCAAGCUUAUGCAGCUGGUGCAGUGGAGGCUGCAAUCACAUCCCAGCUCAUCUACAAGCAUUGGAUGAACACGCUGAUGGGCUACUGUGGACCCUUUACUUUUCAAACUGGUUACUGUGAGCAACUCAAGGCUUUCAUAUCAACCAAUAUGAAGUGGGUUCAGGAGCAAAUAGAGAAACAGCCAAAUUCACCCUACUGGUACCAGGUGCGACUGGCUCUGCUGCAGCUGAAAGGUCUGGAGGAUAGCUACAAUGAUGAGCUGUUUUUUCCAACAGGAUCGUUCUCCCUCAACCCAUUUGGAUUUCUACUCUUUCAACUGGGUGGAGAUCUGGAGGACCUCGAAUCAGCACUGAAUAAAUCCAGCCAAACGCGACCUCUCGGUUCCGGUUCCUGCUCAGCGCUCAUUAAGCUGCUGCCAAACAACAAGGAGCUGUUCGUGUCUCACGAUACCUGGAACGGCUACCAGUCCAUGCUGCGCAUCAUGAAGAAAUACAUGUUUGCCUUCAAAGCUUCUCCUUCAGAAAAUGAGUUUAUCCCCGGAGGGACUCAGGCUUUCUCGUCUUACCCAGGUUCCAUCUUCUCUGGAGAUGAUUUUUAUAUCCUGAGCAGUGGCCUGGUCACAUUGGAAACCACCAUUGGCAACAGCAACCCUGAUCUCUGGAAGUUUGUUCAGCCCACGGGAUCAGUCAUGGAAUGGCUCAGGAACAUUGUUGCCAACAGACUGGCUGUGACUGGCAGGGACUGGGCUGAGAUAUUCAGCAAGUACAACAGUGGAACGUAUAACAAUCAGUGGAUGAUUGUUGAUUAUAAGUACUUUUCUCCGGGGAAAACCGAUAUUAAAGAGAAGCUUUUCGUGGUGUUGGAGCAGAUUCCAGGAACGGUUGUUUACACGGAUAAAACCGAAGAACUGAUGGCGAAAGGAUACUGGGCGAGUUACAACAUACCGUAUUAUGAGGACAUCUUUAUUGCCAGCGGCUGCGGUGAGCUGGUUGAGAAGUUCGGUCCAUGGUUCUCUCUGGACCAAAAUCCUCGGGCUCGAAUUUUCAGGAGAAACCACACAGACGUCACAGAUGUGGACUCCAUGAUCCGCCUCAUGAGGUACAACAACUUUCUGGAAGAUCCAUUUUCAAGAUGUGAAGGCUGUUAUCCACCUGCCAAUGGGGAGAAUGCCAUUUCAGCCCGGUCCGACCUGAACCCAGCUAACGGAACAUAUCCCUUUGGUGCUCUAAAGCAGAGGCCGCACGGAGGAACAGACAUGAAGAUGACCUCCUUUGAGAUGUUCCGAGAUUAUGGGAUGCUGGCAGUGAACGGGCCAACCUGGGACCAGGUGCCACCCUUCCAGUGGAGCACCUCUCCCUACAGAGAUCUGAUGCACAUGGGUCACCCAGACAUUUGGGCUUUCAAGCCUGUGAAAGUCACCUGGACCUCGUAAUCCUAGUCAUGCUAUGCAUACAAGUCAGUGCAAACAGUGUCAGCUGUUGCUGCUAAAUGUUUUGAUGAAAGGGAAAAAGCAGUUGCCACUUAUUUUCCAAGGAUAUUCAGAAGAGGUGAUAUUUUCAAAUUGCCAGAGUUCUAAAGUAUUGCACUGUUUGAAUGAUAAAAGGUACGAGAGAGCUGUGAAAGUAAGGCAGUGGGACUGUGUAUUAGAUUCAGACCUGCAUUAGAUUCAUAUGUGACGAUUUUGUGUGUUUGUGUGCUUUUAAAAGAUUUAUAUUUUUUCAACUGAUUGUUUCAAUUCAUAGGCUUUAUUUUAAAUUCUUCCACAGGUUGGAAUUUUUCUUGAGGAAGAUCACAAAGUACUUCAAUGAAUCAGGAUGCAAAUCAUUUUUGAAUUAAAAAAGGCUUUUUCUAAUAUUUCUGUUCUGUGAUAUUAAAAUGAAUGUUUCUUUGACCAUUA